AUGACUUUACAAACCAGAAAGAUAGUGGGGGCUCCCGAACCAAUCAUCCCGAAGGACAAAGACGAGAGCACCAUUGAUAAAGAAAUCGAGAAGGAAAAUGUGAAGAAAAAUAAGGUAAUUGAUGAAACUGUCACUAAAUUAAAUACUAAUCUUGCCUCUUUUCCAUCCAGGUUGGCAAAGCCGAAAAAUCCGAAAAAGAAGAAUGAGAUUUUGGAGAUUUUUCGAAAUUUCGAGCUCAAUAUACCCCUAUACGCAAUCCACCAAAUUCAAAAGUACGCAAAGUUCUUAAAGGAGUUAUGUACCAAUAAGCGGAAGUUGAAGGGCGACGGAAGUAUCAUUGCAAGUGAGAAUGUCUCGGCACUACUUCAAAGAAAGAUUCCACCAAAGUGCAGAGAUCCGGAUAUGUUCACUAUCCUAUGUAAAAUAGGACAAUUAAAAGUCAAACGUGCUAUGUUAGAUUUAGGCGCAGCAAUUAAUGUCAUGCCGAAAUCAAUAUAUAAUUGUUUGAAUCUUGCACUACUAAAGAAAAUUCAAGUUGCUAAUAGGACACAUGCAUAUCCUGAAGGUAUUAUAGACGAUGUCCUUGUCCAAGUUAAUGAUUUGAUUUUCCUAGUCGAUUUCUAUGUCUUAGAAAUGCAUGAUGAACAAUCACCCAACCCAUCACCACUACUCUCUGGGAGACCUUUUAUGUCUACGGCGGAUACUAAGAUUGAUGUUAAGCAUGAUGUUAUUGACUUUGAAGUGCAUGAUGCUUUUGAGGUAAGAGACAAGGAGGCGCUAGAAGUGAUUUCGCACAGAGUUUGA